CGUAUGUUUUACUCACCUGUAUAAACCGCGCGGGCGGUGCAGGGGCGAUGCUGAAACCUCAACAAUGCAAUCAGCCUCAUAACAACUAAACGGUCGACUCCGUGAUACUAAACGAGCACAAGUAGGAGGAGUCAUUCGUGUUUUCCUUUCUAACAGACAUGAACGCUUGACAGAAGAAAAAGAAAAGAAAACUUCUGAACUGCCCCCUGGAUAUUUGUUCAUUUUAGGAUAGGUAGAUUUAUACAUGGCUAACUUGAGUGAAAGGACAGCGGAUGAACUCCGUGAGCUGCUGGAUGAGUAUGGCAUUAAGCACGGGCCCAUUGUCGACUCCACUAGAAGUCUGUACGAGAAAAAACUACGAGAGGCCAUGGCCAAAGCAAAGAAACCUUCAUCAGAUAAAACUUACUACAGAGAAGAGGAAGAAGAAGUUGUGACAUACGUGACCCGAACUCCAGUCAGAGCAGGACCAGCAGGGGACAGCAGUGGGGCAUACAUGAGAUCAAGACCAGAGUGGACUGAAAGAGAGUAUCAAAAUGAGGCUUCAUAUUCAAGCUAUUCAAGAUCCACACCUGAUUAUCGAGGAAGAGAUUAUGCUGAUGAUGCUUUGCUUUCUGAUUUCAGGCCGUACACCUACAGCACACCAACCUCCUACAAAAGCUCCCAUUUAAAAUCACCAUCGUUGAAUUAUGGAGAUCCAAAGAGCUCUGUUGCCUCUCCAGCCCCCAAAUCCUCAGGGUUCGUCCCGCCUUGGUUUCAGGUGAUUUUCUUCCUUGUGGUGUUAAUUUUCCUCUACAUUGUAUUUUCCAGUAUGGAGUCAAAUGAGAACAUCAAAGGCAUUGAGUGAAUGUAAAUUAAGAUCAAUCAUUAAUACUUUUGUUUUAAAGGGUAUUUAACCUUUUGAGGGUUGUUGUUGUUUGUGCUAUGCCUUUUAUAUACCUAUAGCUCAGUCCAUUUAAUGCACUAUUUCAAUAAUUUCCCAAGAUUGUGGUAGAAGAAGCUGCCAUUGUAGCUUUAUUUGUAUUGAAAAAUGUUUUUAUGUAAUUGCGUUCUGUAUAAUUGUACACAUGCUUUUAAACCCACUAAACAAUAUUGAAUGCUGUUUGUUAA